UUCAAAGCCGCUUCCUUUGGCGGGUCCGUUGGGUUCCUUUCCCCGCGCUCGAGCGCUCCGUUGCCAUGGCUGUGUAUUACAGGGGCGCCUCCGGUAGUUACAGUCAGACCGGCCGCGCGGGGCCCGGUGCUCCUUGGCCGCCGGAAAGAGGCGAGGUGACGCGGAGCUUCCAGUCGGUGCUCGAAGAAGAGGGUGGCGGAGGGGACGUGCUCGGCGGCGUUGGUAGAAGUUACGACGGAGCCUCCGCCUCCCGGGCUGGCCUUUCCCCGUCGCCGCACGGAGCCGACGGGGCGGGGCGCCGGUGGCCCAGCAGGGCCUGCUCCGUGCUCUGUUGCCUCUUGGCCGUGUCCCUGCUGGCUUUCCUGCUGGCCAUCGCUUGCCUGGUGCUGAGAGGUGACCGAGGGUGGGCUGUUGCCGGGGAGGGAGAGGUUCGGCCCUCUUGGCGGGCAGAUUUGCGAUAUGAAAAAGGAAAGACCCAUGAAAGCAUAGAAACAAGUCUUUUAGGAUUUUGGAGUCUUCUUGUUCUAGCCUUGAUGGCUGGGCUGUCAUGUUGCAGCUUUUCUUGGACAGUGACUUAUUUUGAUUCGUUUGAACCAGGAAUGUUUCCUCCUACUCCACUGUCACCUGCACGGUUCAAGCGAAUGACAGGGCACUCAUUCCACAUGGGCUACAGCAUGGCCAUACUGAAUGGCAUAGUGGCGGCUCUCACCAUAGUAUGGUGUCUCCUGUAGUCUGCACUUGGAUGUGUUUCUCACAAUGUGUCACUUACGCAGAUGGUACUUGAAAUUGCCUCCACACUGGGCUGUUCUUGUGUAUUAUAGUAUUUGCCAGAAUAAUCACUUUUGCUGUGUACUUUCUCCACAUAGAUGCCAAAUGUUUUAGGAAGCAGCUGGAGACAAUGCUAAGACAAACCAAAUGGUAAAGACAGAUUGGCAACAAAACCCAGUAUAUACAAAAUGUCUCGCUGCAUGGAGCGGAUGCCACAAUGAAGUGGUUUCAAACUGGCUCUACUUGGCAAUCGUUCAAUCUGGAAAAGUGCUGUUAAAAUGCUCAAGAUGUGCACUGGAUGAGCUUGCGAGGCUGCCUUUUAGUCAUACCAGCAAAUGGACUUUAAGAUCCUAUUUUGACAUGCUGCAUUCAAGUCCGUGGCUAUAUAUACUGUCCCAUGUGACAGAAGGAUGAAGUGGAAAUAUCUCUUUUUCCAAGAUAAUUCAAAGAUUGAACUACAUUUUGAACUCCUGGAAUGUUACAGUUAGUGGAUAUUUUUACUUUUUAGAUGCUGUUGGUGAUCAGUCACACAUCAGGUUUAAGCAGUUUUAAAGAGUUCUGUAUUUUAUAUGAUUUGAAAUGUUAUCCUGUGUAAAUAUGAGAGACAGUGCUGGCUCUUACUGCAACCUUCACCAACCUGGUAUCCUUUGGAUGUUUGGGAUCACAACUGCCAUCUGCUCCACCCAGAAGGUGUUUGACCCAGAAGACAAGUUUGUCCAAUUAUCUUUUCGCCUCCAGCUGCUUGCAUCCUCCAGAAGUCUAUUUUAGAGGGUUUCAUAACCCUCUGAAGCAGACUUUCAGAAGGGAGGGAGGGGAAUCAGCAAAAGUUACCCCCACCUCCCACAAACUUAACAUUGGCACAAGCAAAGUCUGGAUCCAAGCCAUAAGCUUUUUACUUUCUCGUUUCAAAACACAGUACAUCAUUACAUUUUAAUAGCAAGUAACAAAUGUAAUUACAUUUUAUUUUAAUUUUUAAAAUACAUCCUUUUAGUGUUUUACAUCUUUCUUAUAUGCUGUUCUUCCGUAAGAAAACUUUUAAUAGGAGUGUAUGCAAAAAUAUUUCAAGAAUAUAUGACAGUUGCACAACUUGAUGGCCAUGAAUGCACUGCAUUAAUUCUCACUACCUCCACAUGUGGUCUUCCAGAUGUUUGGUAUCAGAAAUACCAGCAUUCCUGACCAUUGGGCAUGCUGGCUGGAGCUGAAGUACAACACAUCUGGAGGGCUACAGGUUGGAGAAGGCUGUCCUAUAUUUGAGCAUUGUUCUCAUGACUCAAUAGGUGACUCAACAACUGAUAAAUGGAAAUAUGCAUUAAGUGACUUAUACGGAUCCAACCUUAUAUUUUUAAUAUAUAGCAUAGAGCCAAAAAACAACCCUGUGCACACACUGGAAUAUUCCUAUUCUGUUCCCCCUAUCCUAAGCAAACAUGUCUAAGGAUUGGGGACCUUUCGGAUGUUUUGCGAUACAGUCUGGAGACAGUGCAUGGGCAAGCGCAGGAACUAGUAACACUUAACUAUGAAGAUCACUUUGGAUCCAAGACUCACUCUCUCUCCUUGUGUGUAAAGAUAUAAUAGUUGCUUGUUCAGUUAUAAAUAGUUCUAUUUUAGCUCAUUUUGUCUAUGCAAUAUUUUUCUGCAUUAUUAAAUAAGCUAUAGUUUAUGUAUUUUUUUAUGCCAAUAAACUACUUUUGUUUACAAUUUGUAA